ACACUUGUUGGACAUUGUAGAAAAAGCCAACUUUAAGCCCAGUAAAUAGACUUUCCCACCGGUUGAGCCAGCCAGGCAGGCACCGGGCACUCAUCAACACCAAAACCCCUUGCCCUCUGCCUCAAUACUUCGAUUUCAACAUUGGGAAUUUGUUCCAGGCAACAAGAUUUCUUUAUGAGAUUGGAUGUCUGAUAAUGAAACUUUGCAGAUGUCUCCUAAAUGUGAUAACAUUUCACAGAGUGGAUCUAAAGAAGCUGAGGAUUCAUGCCUUCCUUUACAAUAACUGGGUCUCAGCAGUCAUCUGUCAGUUUAAUGUUUGAAAGUCCUAUGCCGACUCUGGUUUACAGUAGGAGGAAGAAACGGCGUGGAAACAGCACCAGUGGCAGUGCUGUUGUUGCCAACUUUUGUGCACAGGAGCCUGUGAAUUCUAGAAGAAGCGGGGAUUGUCUUUAUGUUGUCAGUUCUGAUGCUCUUUCAGAGGCAAUUGUGGAGCAGAAGGGAAUUUCUCGAGAUGAACAUGAAGCCGCAACUGUUAGAGCUCCCAUGGAAACUCUUGAUUGCAGUGGAGGGCCUCACAUUUCAAAGUGUGAAUUUGUUGCUAAUGGAAGUUCUGGUGUGUAUGACCACAGUUCUGAUGAUGUACAUAAAACUGUUGUGCAGAAAGAACUAGAUGUUGACAGUAUAAAUGAUAGUUGCUCAUCAUCAAAGUCAAAUAUGGAGCUUGCCUUAGUUACUCUGAAAGAUGAGAUGGCUGAAAAUGGUGAGUGCUCCUCCUCUUGUGUGAUAGCUGCUGAUGUUGUGAGGGAAGAUCUAUCUGAAAAAGAUGUGUGCCAUCGUAUUAUUCAUAGCCAGGGGAAUGAUGAUGACACUGGGCCUUCAAGGAAUUGUAUCAACGAGGAAACUAGGACUACUGGUGGCGGUAGUAGUUGUUCUAGGUUGUGCAAAUCUUGUAGUCGUUCAGGAACUGUUCAAAAGAUGCUAAUAUGUGAUAGUUGUGAAGAAGCAUUCCACAUACGUUGCUGCACUCCCAGGAUAAAGAAACUACCGAUUGAUGACUGGUAUUGUUAUUCGUGUAUGAAAAAUAAGCGAAUAAUGCUCAAGGAGGCAACUGCAAGCAAGGCUUCAAGUAUCACUGGUGGAAUGGGUAGAUGCAGAGAUGUAUCACCUGAAGGGGAAUUCAGUCAAAUAGAAUUAACGUUGAGAGAUACUGAACCUUAUCGAACCCGCGUACGGAUUGGAAAAGGCUAUCAAGCAGAAGUUCCUGACUGGUCUGGUCCAAUUGAUAAUGAUGUUGAUACAAUUGGUGAACCACUAAAUUUGGAUCCUUCAGAAUAUACUGAUUUCCAUGAAAUGAAUUGCUACAAGUUAAAUAAAUUGAGCUUAAUAGGGAACUGGCUUCAAUGUAGAGGGUUGGUAGAAGGUGUGGGCAACAAUAAUGGAACCGUCUGUGGAAAAUGGCGCAGGGCUCCACUUUUUGAAGUCCAAACUGAUAGUUGGGAGUGCUUCUGCUCUUUCCAGUGGGAUCCAUUACAUGCUGAUUGUUCCGUACCUCAGGAGCUGGAAACAAAUGAGGUUUUGAAGCAACUCGAAUAUGUUAAGAUGUUAAGACCUCAACUAUUAGCUGAACGGCAAAAAUCAGAUCAGACCAACAAUCGCACUUCGCAAGACCUUAAAGAUACGAGAAAUAGACAGAGCUAGGCUGCACGCGGCAGUGGUAAUUUCCUGGAGUAUCUAUAUAGCUUGCCUUGAAAAGAUCUUGUAUAUCAGAAAUUCCUUACAAUUCCAAAGGUCUCGAUUUUGCAACUAGGUAUCUUCCAUACCGGUUACUUGCAUUCUAUUGUACUAUAUUGGAGAGAAAUCAUCUAGUAUGAAUGAGUAUUAUGCAUUGCUUU